UCCAUCGGAGAAAACCUUUUUUUUACCACCGUUUCUCCAACCUCCAAUCCGGAUAAUUAAAUCCAGUGCAACCUUAUCCGUAUUUGCAUUAUUUUUUCGCGCGCUGCCAUUGAAAUUAUCGGGGAAUUUAUAAAAGCCGGUCCGGAUCAAUUUCUUCAGUAGCUGAUCGAAAUUCGUCGCGACAAGUUUCUCCGAACAUUCUUUUUUAUUUUUCAUUUUAAUAAUUCAGUCGCGUCGCGUUCUGUUAACGAAUGUGUCAUUGGUGAGGAAAAUUAUUGAAAAAUGGUCGCCCAAGAAACACUAGGAUUGUGCCGUUCGAUCGACCCGAAGAAGUUCGUCCGCAGCAAAUUCCCCGUACUGGAAUGGAUGCCAAAAUACACCCUAUCCACUCUGUUUCACGACCUGCUGGCCGGUCUCACAGUCGGUCUGACCGAAAUUCCCCAAGGAAUCGCAUAUGCGGUCGUCGCCGGAAUGGGCACAGAAUACGGUCUCUACUCCGGCUUCAUGGGUUGCUUCAUGUACUUCAUUUUCGGGACGUGCAAGGACAUCAACAUCGGACCCACCGCCAUCAUGGCCUUAAUGAUGCAACCUCACGUUGCUAAGAUGGGAGACGAUAUGGCUGUGCUAAUGACUUUUAUCGCUGGUGUGAUUAUUUUUGUGUUGGGACUGCUGAAUUUAGGUUUUCUGGUGCAGUUUUUUUCUUAUCCUGUGAUUGCUGGUUUCACAUCAGCUGCUGCCCUCAAUAUUGCAUCGUCGCAGAUCAAAAGUCUCCUAGGUAUCAAGGGAAAGAGUGACGCUUUCCUUGAAGCUUGGGAGACUGUUUUCAAAAAUAUUCGCCAAGUCAGAACUUGGGAUACAACCCUAGGUCUUAUUACAAUUGUAUUUUUAGUUUUGUUAAAGGAGAUAAGAGUGUUUGGGACCUUGCAAUACAGACAGGAUUGGUCCAAAUCCAGAAAUAUAAUCGGAAGAGUCAUCUUUCUCGUCUCUUUAUCCAGAAACGCCUUAGCUGUAAUAGUCGGUAUUAUUUUAGCUUAUUGUCUAGAGAACAAUGCAGAUGACUUCCCAUUUUUAAUCACAGGUUCUGUUAAAAGUGGUCUUCCGCCAUUCAAACUACCUCCAUUCACUACCACGUUCAAUGGAACUGACUAUUCCUUCUCCGAUAUGGUUUCCGACUUCAACACCAUCGUUAUCUUUUGUCCUUUGAUUGCAAUCCUCGAGCACAUCGCCAUUGCCAAGGCUUUCUCUAAAGGACGCACGUUGGAUGCAACACAAGAGUUAGUGGCGUUGGGUGUCUCCAACAUCAUGGGUUCGUUUGUAGGAUCAAUGCCGGUGACCGGUUCCUUCACCAGAACAGCUGUAAAUAAUUCAUCGGGGGUGAAAACGCCGGCUGGUGGUAUUUUAACCGGCACCAUUGUGUUGUUGGCACUCGGUUUUCUCACCUCCGCCUUUUAUUACAUUCCCAAGGCAACUUUGGCCGCCGUAGUGAUUGUGGCUAUGUUUUAUUUGUUCGAAUUUGAAGCAUUCGUUGUAUUAUGGAGAUCCAAAAAGUUGGAUUUGUUAGUCUUUUUGGUGACUUUAAUAUGUUGUUUGCUGAUUAGUCUGGAGUAUGGAAUAAUCAUAGGAAUAAUCUUUAAUCUAACGUUUGUGCUGUACACAAGCGCACGUCCCAAAAUAACAAUUGACAAAGAGAAGUUCUCACAAGGGGACGUUUAUGUAAUAACUCCUAAAACCAACCUUCACUUUACUGCAGCGGAGUACAUGAGAGAAUUGAUUUUGCAAAACUGUGACGAACAAAAUGCUUUAGUUGUAAUUAAUGGUAGAAACGUAGGCAACUUGGAUGCCACCGUAGCUAAAAGUUUUCAUGUUCUGGUUGACGAGUUUAAAAUCAGAAAGCAGAAGAUUGUUUUCUGGAAGUUUAAGGAGAGGCUGGUCAAUAUUUGUGCCGGAAUUGAUCCCGAUUUGGUUAAGCAUUUUAAAAAUGAAGAUCUUGAAGUCAUUUUAACUGAGAUUAAUAGUGAAACUCAACCAUCAUCAGUACAUAGUAUCCAGUAAUCAGAAAGUUACUUUGAGAAUCGAGUACCUGAUGUUAAUGUUUUUAUGUUAAUAUGACGACUGUAUAUUAUGCUUAUAUUUUAAGCACAAUUGUUAUUUAUCUAUAAUUUUGAACUUAUAUAAUAUAUUUUUUAUAAUUUU